AAUUAUUCCCCCGUAUUACACUCCUUAUUUUGACUUGGGAAAGUUUUGUAAAGUCUUCCCUGUAACAUUCUCAUUGUGCAUUAUUCAUGGAGAAAAACAAUAUGCUGCUUAAUUGUUUCAUUGUUUGAGCGAAAUUAAACAUGAACCAUAUUGGCGGAUUCUCCAUUUCCUUGAUUAUAAUGGAGCUCCAAACCAUUUUUGUGCUCCUUCCGCUCAUCAUCUUUCUUCCUUUCUGUUGUUCUUCCUCUACAGACACCAUAAGAUUCAACGAAUCUCUUGCAGACGGCCAAGUACUAAUUUCCAGCGGAAAGAAGUACACUCUGGGUUUCUUCAGCCCCGGGAAAUCAACCAACCGCUAUGUCGGAAUUUGGUUCACCAAACUCCCCACACAAGAAGUGGUUUGGGUCGCCAACCGAGACGAUCCGAUCAACGAUACUUCCAGUUCGCUCUCAAUCGACCCCCGAGGGGGCGGCUUGGUUUUGAAUCAAAGAAUCAACGGUACUGCUGCUACUCUGUGGUCCAUAAAUGUUUCGACCGGAGAGAAUCCGGUCGUGGCUCGACUGUUAGACGAAGGAAAUUUCGUUCUGCUCCGACAGGACGGAGAUCGCGAGACGGUGGUUCUGUGGCAGAGCUUUGCUCAUCCAACGGACACGUAUUUACCUUACACGCCGCGAAAAACAGGACCGGACUACGCGAUCCGGUCCUGGAAGUCCCCUGACGACCCUGCAACAGGGGACUGGUCCUAUGUCUUGGAACCCAACGGGGUGCCUCAGUUGAUAUUGUACGAAGGCCGAACCAAACGGUGGAGGAGCGGACCGUGGAAUGGAUUCGCCUGGUCCGGGGUCCCCGACAUAGCUCGAGUCUCCUUCUUCAACUCGAGCGUGGUGAUCGACAAAAACGACGUCACUUUCACCUGUGGACUUCGGGAUCCUGCCGUCGUAGCCAGGGUCCACCUGCAUCCGUCAGGGACCCUGAGCCGCGACUUGUGGCAGGACAAGGAGGGUCGUUGGGACGAGGUGUAUCGAUAUCCAACGGAGACUUGUGACGUCUAUGGGAAGUGCGGGCCGAACGGGAACUGUGACCCUUUCAAAGUUGUAGGAGACUUCCCCUGCAUCUGUCUUCCUGGUUUCGAGCCCAGGUCUUCGAGCGACUGGUUCCUAAGAGAUGCCUUAGGAGGGUGCGUCAGGAAGCGAGCGACGAGGAAUCUGGGUUGUGGAGGUGGCGACGGGUUUGUGAAAUUGGAAAAUGCUAAAGUUCCUGACACGAGGACCGCUACAGCUGAUGCAGAUAUGAAUCUGAGCAGGUGUGAACAGGAGUGUCUGAGGAACUGUUCCUGUACGGCUUACGCAAGUUCUAAUUUGACGAGUGGGAUUGGGUGCAUGCGAUUGUACGGGGAUCUGGUGGAUACGAGAGUGCUUAUCGGUUUUGGACAAGACUUGUAUGUGCGAGUGGACGCAAUUGAAUUGGCCGAAUACAGGAAACAGUUGAAAGGGCAAAAGGAAAAUAUGAAGGUUUUAGCGAUUGUAUUGGCUUCUGUUGGUGGUACGGGCAUCAUAUUGGGGGCUUCAACCAUGUUUUAUUGUCUCCUGAAGUGGAAAAGAAAAGGAAGUAGUGGAGAUACCAAUCAUAUGAUUUCGAGAAUAAAGUCUGAGUCUCAAAAGGAAAACUUAUACGAAGAUAAAGAUUCAGUGGUCCCUACUUUUGAUGUACUAGACAUAUUUGCAGCCACCGAGAAUUUUUCUGCUGCCAAUAAACUUGGACAAGGUGGAUUCGGUUCUGUUCACAAGGGUACACUAUCCAAUGGGCAAGAAAUAGCAGUGAAAAGAUUGUCUCAAACUUCAAGACAAGGAAUUGGCGAAUUUAAGAAUGAAGUACGAUUAGUUUCCAAACUCCAACACAAGAAUCUAGCAAGGAUAUUUGGUUGUUGCAUUCACGGUGAGGACAAGAUGUUGGUAUAUGAGUACUUGCCAAACAGAAGCCUCGACUUCUUCAUCUUUGAUAAAACGAAAGGGUUGCUAUUGGACUGGAUGAGACGAUUUGAAAUCAUCAUAGGGAUUGCUCGAGGUUUAUUGUAUCUGCAUCAAGAUUCAAGACUGAAAAUCAUCCACAGAGAUUUAAAAGCAAGCAAUGUUAUGCUGGAUGCUACAAUGAACCCAAAAAUUUCAGAUUUUGGGAUGGCUAGGUUAUUCGGAGAGGAUCAAAUAGAGGCCAAUACAGAAAGAGUUGUUGGAACCUAUGGGUACAUGUCUCCGGAGUAUGCAAUGGAAGGCCUUUAUUCAACAAAAUCAGAUAUUUUUAGCUUUGGAGUCUUGACACUUGAGAUUGUGAGCAGCACGAGAAGCAACCAGUGUUACCAAGCAAGACCAUCCUCUAGCUUGAUUGGUUAUGUGUGGGACUUGUGGAGUGAAGGAAGAUCGUUGGACAUGGUGGAUUCAUCGACAAUGGGAGAAUCAUUUUCCACGGAUCAAGUCAUGAGGUGCGUUCAGAUUGGACUCUUGUGCGUCCAAGAAUCCCCAAUCGAUCGACCGAUUAUGUUAGAUGUUGUUUUCAUGUUGGGAAAUGCAAACACUCUUCCAUCUCCCAAGAAGCCCGCAUUCAUACUCAACAAAAAAUAUGAUGACGCAUAUCCAGCAAUGACCACCGCCACCGGAUCAUCUGGAGUUCCUUCCAUUAACCACUUAACAGGUACACUAUCUAGCGGGCAAGAAAUAGCCGUGAAAAGAUUGUCCCAAACAUCAAGGCAAGGAAUUCGUGAAUUCAAGAACGAAGUACGAUUAGUGUCCAAACUUCAACAUAAGAAUCUAGCAAGGAUAUUUGGUUGUUGCAUUCAUGGAGAGGACAAGAUGUUGGUCUAUGAGUACUUGCCAAAUAGAAGCCUUGACUUCUUCAUCUUUGAUAAAACUAAAGGCUUGCUAUUGGGCUGGAUGAGACGAUUUGAAAUCAUCAUAGGAGUUGCUCGUGGUUUAUUGUAUCUACAUCAAGAUUCAAGGUUGAAAAUCAUUCACAGAGACCUAAAGGCAAGCAAUGUUCUGCUAGAUGCUACAAUGAACCCCAAAAUUUCAGAUUUUGGGUUGGCUAAGUUAUUUGGAGAGGAUCAAAUAGAGGCCAAUACAGAUAGAGUUGUUGGAACCUAUGGGUACAUGUCUCCAGAGUAUGCAAUGGAAGGCCUUUAUUCGACAAAAUCAGAUGUUUUUAGCUUUGGAGUCUUGACACUUGAGAUUGUGAGCAGCACGAGGAGCAAUCAGUGUUACCAAGGAAGUUCAUCAUCUAGCUUGAUUGGUCAUGUGUGGGACUUGUGGAGUGAAGGAAGAGCAUUGGACAUGGUGGAUUCAUCAACAAUGGGAGAAUCAUUUUCCACGGAACAAGUCAUGAGGUGCAUUCAAAUAGGACUCUUGUGUGUCCAAGAAUUCCCGACAGAUCGACCGGCUAUGUCAGACGUUGUUUUCAUGUUGGGAAAUGCAACUACCCUUCCAUCUCCCAAAAAGCCAGCAUUCGUACUCAAUAAAAAGUAUGAUGAUGCAGAUCCAGCAACGAGCAGUGCCACUGGAUCAUCGGGAGUUCCUUCAGUUAACCGCGUAUCAAUAACCACUUUGGUAGCUCGAUGAUAUAUAGACGACAACCAUAUAUUGUAAGAGAAACAAAUUGGUGUUUCACUAUUCAUAAUUUCUUUUGUGUAAUUGCUAAUACUAGACAACUCUGUGCUUCUGGAUCUUUAGCUCUGCUUUGUUCAGCACAGAGGUACAAAUGUACAAUCAAACUAUGGGAAGAAGAAAACUUUAAUUGGUGAC